AUGCAAGGAGCAGAAGGAACCUUGCAGAGGAAAUCGACAGCCGACAAUGAAAGAAACAAAAUCGGGCGUAGGAACAAUGACGACGAUGGAGAUGGAAAAUCCAAAAUUUCAACUACCGACGGAGAAGACGGUUCACGUAGAGUGUCGGGAGCAGACAAAACCGCGCUGAGGAAAUCGAUAGCCGACAAUGAAAGAAGUGAAAUAGGGCAGAGGAACAACGACGACGACGACAGAGUUGGAAAAUAA